GCCAAGCUGAAACGUUCAAACUGAACUGUUGGUGGCGCUAUAAUGUUUUACAAGGCAAGAUGGCGUCGUACACAAUCGGUCCAGAGGAUGUUUGCCUGUGGUACUCGGACACCCAUCUUCGGCUGCCAGAGUUCCGUAAGACCUUACAGAGGCAGGACUUUCCCCGAGCCACCCGUACUCUACUGGAGUGGCUCCAUCGCUACUUUGUGCAGUGCGAGAACUUCCCGCCUGGCAAGUUCCCCAACCAGGAUUGUGUUCGUCAACUCAUUGAGGAGUUUGUCUUCUAUAGGAAUUCUGGCACAAGCAGGGUUCAGCAAAAAUUGACAGCCAUUCAAGAGCUGCGACUCUUGGAGGAACUGUGCAACCAUUUCCAGCUGAACCAAGACCUGAUCACCAGACACAAUGUCUUUGAUGCCUUCUUUGGCUGCAAGCCGGGGCCUAUAUCGGCGGCGGAUGAACACCGGACGGGAGCACUGAGUAAACUGGUCUCAAUGGCCAUCGCGGUGAACUGUAUCCCAGUGCUGGACUGUGCUGCCGUGUUGCUGCACAACCAGGGAGCUUCUGAAGCCACCCUAGCCCUCACCAGAAGUCUUGUGGAGGAUUACUGCACUCUGAUCCCCACGGCCUGUGACCUACUCAAGAACCUAGUGGAUUCCUCCCCACAGUUUGUCUGUCACUUGAUGUCCUCAAUAUCAGCACUCUACGAUGUAGAUAGAGCUCCAAAGAAGGUAAAACUUCCUCCGACAGCGUUACUGGAGGUACUGACCAGCUGGGCCAGCAAACACCCCCUCAUCUUCAUUGAAAACUUCCUGAAUCCUCCACCGAAUAUCCCAUCAUUCCACGGUACCGACCCCACCCAGGGAUCUCCGGCCUCCCCGCCCCCUCUCCCGGGCCCGUUCCCUGGACUCAUCAAGGCCUGUGUCCUCUCCCCUCUGGUCCUGCCGAGGAAAACCCUUUCGCAAACGGACGUCGCAAACGCGAACCUUAAAGACGAUUCCCCCGCGCAUCUUCUGUACUCCAGACUGCACCUGGGCAUCCUUCAAGCUCUGCUCUCCACGCAACACAAACUCAAAUCCCGGCUCUCUAAGUCAAAACACGAAGAGCUUGUGUCGGAGAGAGACAUUGAAGGCGUCGUAGCGAGCCUGAGGAGGCUGCUGGUAGGCGGCGCUUGGCGUAAACAGAAGGCGGAGGAUGUCCUGGACGUCACGUUGGAUCGGCUGGCCCAGGUGGUGCAGGUGGCAUUGUCUACGGGGGCGCUUCAUUCUUCCAGGAGUACCCUGAAAACAACACUUGAAGGUCUACCCGAUAAUCAAUUGCUUUGCCUGGUUCUACAGCACGAGGGCGCUAUGCAGAGUUAACACUACAAGGAGCCGUCACACAGGGGAAUUAUUUAAUACAUGUAAAUCUUGGUUCACUUCUUGACAUCAUGUCAACAUGACCCUUUGUUUACUUUACACUAUCCGUGUUGCUCCGAGCUAUUUCACAAAUUUGUUUUAAUACCAGAGUUCACAAAAGUAGUUUUGAGUACUAAUUUGUCUUUUUCAUUUGCGAAAAGUUCAUGCAAACAAAAUUUGAUCUUUUCUGAGAAUCAUCCAACUAUUUUCUGUUGUCAGAAACUGAAGAAGACUACAGAAUGAAUAAAUACAAAAAAAAAUUGUGUGUAAAUAUUUCAUUUUAUUUGUGUUCUAAAAAUCUCAUUCAAGAUAGGUCACUACAAUCCACAAUGUGUAUUAUAUGUAUUAUGAAGCAAUAAAAAUAUCUUGGUAAAAAA